AUGGGCGUCUACACGAAGCUUGCCGAUGACAUCGAUGAGGUCGAUGUCAUCAUUGCCGGAGGAGGCACUGCGGCAUGUGUCGUGGCAGGACGCUUGGCCGAAGCCGACCCGAAACUGUCGAUUCUGGUAAUUGAAGGUGGCCAGGACAACCGCGGCGUAUCCAAUAUUGAGAACCCUGCGUUCUUUCUGGACCACCUGUUGCCUACGAGUAAGACUGCCAUUUUCUACAAGGGCAACAAAUCGGAGCAAUGUGCCGGACGCGAGGUCAUUGUUCCUUCUGGCGGUGUGCUCGGCGGCGGAUCCUCCAUCAACUUUAUGAUGUACACGCGUGCUCAGCGUUCGGAUUUCGACUCCUGGAAGAGUCCUGGAUGGUCCGCUGAUGAGAUACUGCCAUUCCUCAAGAAGCUCGAAACAUAUCACGGCCCGGGCGACAAGAGCCGUCAUGGUGACAGCGGGCCCGUGCACAUCUCCAGCGGCACGUUCCGCUCCGAGUUCUCGGAGAGUGAGUUCAUCAAGGCCACGGGCGAGGUGGGCUGGCCCGAGAUCAAGGACCUCCAGACGCUGGAUGCCAACAACGGCAUCGAGCGAUGGCUCCGCUAUGUCAGCCCCGAGGGCAAGCGACAGGAUUCUGCCCGCGUCUAUCUCCACGACAAGAUGGACAAUGACAAGUACCCCAAUCUCCAUAUUCUCACCCAAUCCAAAGUCGUCCGUGUCCUGCUCGACGACGACAAGCGAGCGGUGGGCGUCGAGUACACGCCGAACCCAGACUUCCAGGCCGUGCUGGAGACGACGAAACACCCCAAGAAGCAGGUCAAGGCGCGCCAGCUGGUCGUUGUCUCCUGCGGCGCCUGCGGCACGCCGCCUGUUCUCGAAAGGUCUGGCCUCGGCGACCCUGAGAUUCUGAAGAAGGCCGGCGUGGAUGUGAAGGUCGACCUGCCGGGCGUCGGCCGCGACUACCAAGACCACCAGCUGAUUCUGUACCCGUACCUCUCGAGCUUGAAAGAGCACGAGACCAUCGACGGCAUGCUGCGCAAUCCAGACAAGCGGCAGGAGCUCAUCGACAAGAAGGACCCCCGAGUUGGCUGGAAGUCGAUCGACAUAUCGUCCAAGCUGCGCCCCUCGGACGACGACGUCUCGGCGCUGGGUCCCGAAUUCCAGGACGCCUGGAACAAGGACUUCAAGAAUGCGCCCGACAGGCCGCUCAUGCUGAUGGGCCUCGUUUCAUGCUUCCUCGGCGAUCCUGCGAGCGUGCCCGAGGCCGGCUACGUCACGGUCGGCACCUACACGGCGUACCCGUACUCCCGCGGCCACAUGCACAUCACGGGCCCCGAAGUCUCCGACGCGCUCGACUUUGACCCGGGCUACCUCAGCGAUGCUCACGACAUUGAUCUGAAGAAGCAGCUCUGGGCCUACAAGAAGCAGCGCGAGAUCAUGCGCCGCACGGCCAUGUUCCGCGGCGAGCUCGCGGCCGGGCACCCCGCCUUCGCCGAGGGGUCUGCUGCCGCCUGCGCGGCGGUCGAGAGCGCCCUCAGCGACGUCAAGGACAUCGAGUACUCGGCCGAGGACGACAAGGCGAUCGAGCAGUGGAUUCGGGAGAAUGUCGGGACGACGUGGCACUCGAUUGCCACAGCCAAGAUGGCGCCGCGGGAGGAGAACGGUGUUGUGGACCAUGACCUGAAUGUCUGGGGGACCAAGGGGCUCAAGAUUGCCGACCUGAGCAUCCCGCCCAUGAACGUCGGCGCCAACACCAACAACACGGCGCUGGUCGUCGGCGAAAAGGCGGCAGACAUCAUCAUUAGGGAGCUAGGACUCAGCGUGUGA